AUGGGACUAUUGCAAGGGGUCUUUGGGAGACGAGCACCCCCACCGAGCCCGUCUGCUGUCGGUUCGAAAGACGAGUCUGAUGUAGAGGAGUUGUUGGCUCGCUUGUGUCGGCCAGCAUCCGCGACCAACUCUGCUGUAUCUCGCAGUGUGAGUGUCCAACGAUGCAACGAGAUCAGCGACAUUCUCCUCAAGAAAGGCAAAACCAGCGGCGAUGAGCGACUACUCGCAUGGAGCGAGCGACCGCGAAUAUAUAUUGUUCUACGGAACAUUCAGCGGUUGGAUCUGCUGGACUAUUUCGUGAAGGCCGAGUUGACGGACUUCCAUAUUCCGUUUAACGAGGACACUCUGCCAGUUUUCCUGCGAGAGACUGGCCUCCGAGAAUCAUUCCUGCAGUUUCAACCAUACGUGCUUUCCUCGGGGGCAAAGGGUUUGGAUAACCGUGGUGAACCGCACCUGAGCUUUGCGGGGAAUGCGCAGAAGUACUUUUACUACAAGGGAUCGCUGGGUCGGGGUGGAUAUGGAGAAGUCGACGCCGUCACUAGCCGAUUGAGUCUCCAAUCAUAUGCGCGAAAACGCGUCCUGCGCGGAAGAGAUACCCAGACCAACAAGCUAAGACAAGCGUCUCUAAUCCGGGAGUUAUCGUAUCUCAAAGCCCUGUCUCAUACUCACCUUGUUCGAUAUGUUUCGUCAUACACCGACGAGAAGUAUAUUGCAUUCUUGAUGCAGCCCAUGGCCGACUAUGAUCUGGAGACAUUGUUGAAGAACUUAGGCCGCGCGGGAACGGGUGCUGAAUGUUUGCGACCAUUCUUCGGUUGCCUAUCAGGAGCGAUUCAGUACUUGCACGAGAACAAGAUCCGCCAUCGGGAUCUCAAGUCGCGGAAUAUCCUCGUCAAGGACGGUCAAGUCUUUGUGGCUGAUUUCGGAACCGCUUAUAGUUGGAAGGGCUCGAGACAGAGCAUCACCAAUCAUCGCAAUGUCCCAUUUACGGCCGAGUACAUGGCGCCGGAGAUCGCGCUGCACCAGAGCCGCAGUACCGCCAGCGAUAUGUGGUCAUUGGGCGUGGUGUUCCUAGAAAUGUCUACCGUGCUGUUGGGCAGCACCGUUCGGAGGCUGAAAUCUCUGCUGCGUGACUUUUCAAAUCCCCGUCAAGCCGAGCCGUACCUGUGUUUUAAUCUUCCAGUGAUCGAUACAUGGAUUGAGGAGCUUACCCGCUGCGCAGCAGUGCGAGAUGAAAGCACCGAGCCACUAUCCUGGGUCCGAGAUCUGCUGCAAGAGAGACCAAAUAAGCGCCCGAAAGCCAGAGACCUUAUGAAGCAGAUUCUGGAAUCGCCCUCUUUUCACGCAUUCUGUUGUGUUGACUGCUGGCCAGAUUACGAGCAACGUUCCUUUCUUUAUACCCAGCAACCUCAAGACAACAAUGCUUCUGCCCCGGGGAACUCGGCGGACGUGCAAGCUCAGCUCACUGCGUUACUGGAUCCCCCAGUCGACAGAACCCGCGAACAGGAGAAAAACCAGACCAUCGAGUACUGGCUGGACACUGUUGCUGACGACGACAUGAAUUUGACCUCCAUGGGCGUUAAUGGCACAGCAGAGUCUUCGGAUAUAGAGGUUCCUAUCCGAAUAGUGGAGGACAACUCGACGUAUUACUCUGCAGAGAGCUCUGACGAGGAAAGAAUGGUGCAGCUUGAUGGGCUAUCUAUCACCGGCAGUUACCAGUCGUUGAAUGACACCAUCGAGUCGCAUAGCGAACAGGCCGAUGGUGAGUUAGAGAAGACAACUAUUCCGUUGGAAGACAACACAGAACCCCUUGAGAGCCUCACCGUCCAAGGUGAAGCGCACAAACGUGAAGCGGAGAUUGGCGCGGCAUACGUCGAUGAUUUUCAAUCACGGAACAUAUGGCCACCUGCAGAAGCUGAGUUCAAUGUUUGGGCGGAUGAUGGCCGGACUGGCACAACGACCCGAGAACCGGAGUUUCCAGCGAACAUGCUACCAUCUUCCAACACUAUUUGGGGAUGCGCUGAGUCGUUUGACUUGCCUCCGCCCCUUCCGUUGACAGAGAGAUCGAUUAGCACCCCCUACUACCAAGAACAGAGGGGAUUUGAUUCAUCGAUGUUCAAUCCAGACGAAGAGUCUGUGGUAUCUUUGUCACCUAAGCAGGAAAUGACAACAACACCAAUCGAAGACAGAUUCUUGACGGCACAAUCGACAGAGAUAAUCAAGCUUCCACCGUUGACUUCCACUGGUACUCAAGGCAAAUCUGAGACUGCUUCGGUGACUACCUGGUGUGAAUACGACGCAACGGUGGCAUGGUCGAGGGAGACCAAGGCAUAUGAAGAACAGCCAGCAUAUGAAAGCACUGAUGACGCUCUGGACGAGCAGGUGCAGAUGACCGAUAAUGAGGGGUCUUCUUUGAACCAUAAAAAUGAUGCAAGCAUCGAAAGGAGCGACACGACAGCAUCCAAACCCGAAACAGAAGAUCAAGCAUCAUCCGCCAAGGAGCAGUCGGCCAAAGCCCGCUUUAAAAAAGGCUCGAUGUCUCUCCACAAACAGGCACUCCUAACAAGUGCAAAACAGACGACCACGAAGAAAGACUCAUUGAUAUCUGUCUUCAGUCCGGAGGUGUAUAUGAGCACGACCUGGGAGGCCGCUUCGACACAGGACACCAGAAUUGUCCCAAUCAACCGCAGAAAGCGGUGGUGGAAAUGGAUAGAUCGAGACCAACAUAUUCUCGAGGGCUUUUGUACCGAAGGGACCGUGCAAGCUGUGCGAACCCUGCUAAAGGACGGGUGCAAUCCAGGGACUGAGUCCAAACCGCGACCAACGCCUCUACUCCGAGCCAUCCAGGGUGGUACAUAUCAGCACUACAAGUGCGUCCAAGCGCUGAUGAAUCACGACGUCAACUUGAAUGUCGCUGAGCGAAGGACUGGACGCACUGCCUUGCAGAUCGCAAUCGAACAACCCUUUUUCGCCGGCCAUACGAGUCUCGUCCGAGAUCUGAUCGACGGGGGAGCUGACACAAACAAGUCUGACUAUACUGGCAAACGACCGAUUUUGAGUGUUUUCGACAUCCAAGGGAAUAAUGCCCUCAAGAAGCACCAACUGGAUGCGCUAGCAUGCCUUCUCGUCGGAGGAGGAGGAGGGAAAGAGACCAAUGUCAAUGUCUACGCACCGCAUGGGCACGACAGUCCGUUACACCUUGCCAUACGACGAGGGAGCCCCAUGGCCGUUGGUCUGUUGCUUUUCCGGGGCGCAUUCGUCAACGCUAAAAACCAAGCUGGUGCCACGCCCCUCCUCCUGGCCGCGGCUCAAUGGGCUGGACCCUUAGUCGCGGAUCAGAAAACCAUUCUGGACCUCCUUCUUCAGAAUCCAGAUAUCAACUUGAAUGAGACUGCCGGCGUACAGCGUCGAACAGCGCUCCAUCAAGCAGUUUUUCGCGCCUCUACGACAGCCGUAGAAAUGCUUCUUGAAAAAGGUGCUGAUAUUUCGAUCCAGGACUCCGAGGGUAAAACAGGGCGACAAUUGGCGUCAACGCUGGACGAGACCAAAUGGAAAGAUGAAAGGGCCGAGAUUAUUCGGCUUUUGGAUGAAAAGGAAACCAAGACAUAG